AUGGCUUUUCAUUAUUUUUUUCUAUCUCUCUUUCGAUCUAAUUUCUCUCUCUCUCUCUUUCGUACAUUUCACUCUCUCUCACUUUCGUACAUUUCACUCUCUCUCACUUUCGUACUUUUCUCUCUCUCUCUCUCUUUCGUACUUUUCUCUCUCUCACUCUUUCGUACAUUUUCUCUCUCUCUCUCUUUCGUACAUUUUUUCUCUCACUCUCUCUCUUUAGUACAUUUUCUCCUCUCUCUCUUUCGUACAUUUUUCUCUCUCUUUCGUACAUUUAUUUUUCUCUCUCUCUUUCGUUUUUUUUUCUCUCUCUCUCUUUCGUACUUUUUUUUCUCUCUCUCUCUUUCGUACUUUUUUUUCUCUCUCUCUCUUUCGUACUUUUUUUUUCUCUCUCUCUUUCGUACUUUUUUCUCUCUCUCUUUCGUACUUUUCUCUCUCUCUCUUUCGUACUUUUCUCUCUCUCACUUUCGUACUUUUUCUCUCUCUUUCGUACUUUUCUCUCUCUCUCUUUCGUACUUUUCUCUCUCUCUUUCGUACUUUUCUCUCUCUCUUUCGUACUUUUCUCUCCCUCUUCCGUACUUUUCUCUCUCUCACUCUUUCGUACUUUUCUCUCUCUCUCUCUCUUUCGUACAUUUUUCUCUCUCUCUCUCUUUCGUACAUUUCUCUCUCUCUCUCUCUCUUUCGUACAUUUCUCUCUCUCUCUCUCUCUUUCGUACAUUCUCUCUCUCUCUCUUUCGUACAUUCUCUCUCUCUCUGUUUCGUACAUUUUCUCUCUCUCUCUCUUUCUUACGUUUUUUCUCUUUCUCUCUCUCUCUUUCGUACUUAUUUUUCUCUCUCUCUCUCUCAUUUUCUCUCUCUCUCUCUCUUUCUCUCUCUCUCUUUUUUUUUCUCUCUUUUUCUCUCUCUCUCUCUCUCUUUUUUUUUCUCUUUUCUCUCUCUCUCUUUCGUACUUUUUUUUUCUCUCUCUCUUUCGUACUUUUUUUUCUCUCUCUCUUUCGUACUUUUUUUUCUCUCUCUCUUUCGUACUUUUUUUCUCUCUCUUUCGUACUUUUUUUUUCUCUCUCUCUGAUUAUUCGUACUUUUUUUCUCUCUCUCUCUGAUUAUUCGUACUUUUUUUUUCUCUCUCUCUCUUUCUUUACAUUUUUUUCUCUCUCUCUUUCGUACAUUUUUCUCUCUCUCUCUUUCGUACAUUUUUUCUCUCUCUCUUUCUUUACUUUUUUUCUCUCUCUCUUUCGUUCUUUUCUCUCUCUCUCUCUCUUUCGUACUUUUUCUCUCUCUCUCUCUCUCUCUUUCGUACUUUUUCUCUCUCUCUCUCUCUCUCUUUCUUUCGUCUUUUCUCUCUCUCUCUCUCUCUCUCUCUCUGACUAUUCGUACAUUUCUCUCUCUCUCUCUCUCUCUUUCUACAUUUUUCUCACUCUCUCUCUUUCGUACAUUUUUCUCUCUCUUUCGUACAUUUCUCUCUCUCUCUUUCGUACUUUUUUUUCUCUCUCUCUCUCUUUCGUACUUUUUUUUCUCUCUUUCGUACUUUUUUUUCUCUCUCUCUCUUUCGUACUUUUUUCUCUCUCUCUCUUUCGUACUUUUUUCUCUCUCUCUUUCUUUACUUUUUUUCUCUCUCUCUUUCAUUACUUUUUUCUCUCUCUCUUUCGUCUUUUUUUUCUCUCUCUCUUUCGUACUUUUUCUCUCUCUCUUUCGUACUUUUUUCUCUCUCUCUUUCGUACUUUUCUCUCCCUCUUUCUACUUUUCUCUCCCUCUUCCGUACUUUUCUCUCUCUCUCUCUCUCUUUUACUUUUCUCUCUCUCUCUUUCUCUUUUUUCUCUCUCUCUCUCUCAGGGUUUUUUCAUUCUCUCUCUCUCUCUUUUUCUUUUUCUCUCUCUCUCUCUCUCUGACUAUUCGUACAUUUCUCUCUCUCUCUCUCUCUUUCUCUUUUCUCUCUCUCUUUUCUUUUCUCUCUCUCUCUCUUUCUCUCUCUCUCUCUCUCUCUCUUACUUUUUUUCUCUCUCUCUUUCGUACUUUUUUCUCUCUCUCUCUCUUUCGUACUUUUUUUCUCUCUCUCUCUUCUGUACUUUUUCUCUCUCUCUUUCGUACUAUUUUUUUCUCUCUCUUUCGUACUUUUUUCUCUCUCUCUUUCGUACUUUUUUUUCUCUCUCUCUUUCGUACUUUUUUUUCUCUCUCUCUCUUUCGUACUUUUUUUUCUCUCUCUCUCUCUUUCGUACUUUUUUUUCUCUCUCUCUCUCACUCUCUCUCUCUCUCUCUCUUUCGUACUUUUUUUUUCUCUCUCUCUUUCGUAAUUUUUUCUCUCUCUCUUUCGUACUUUUUUUUCUCUCUCUCUUUCGUACUAUUUUUUUCUCUCUCUUUCGUACUAUUUUUUUCUCUCUCUUUCGUACUAUUUUUUUCUCUCUCUCUUUCGUACUAUUUUUUUCUCUCUCUCUUUCGUACUUUUUUUUCUCUCUCUCUUUCGUACUUUUUUUCUCUCUCUCUUUCGUACUUUUUUCUCUCUCUCUUUACUUUUUUCUCUCUCUUUCGUACUUUUUUUCUCUCUCUUUCGUACUUUUUCUCUCUCUCUUUCUACUUUUUUCUCUCUCUCUCUCUCUUUUUACUUUUUUCUCUCUCUCUCUUUCUUUCUUUUUUUCUCUCUCUCUCUCUCUCUCUUUCGUCCUUUUUUUCUCUCUCUCUCUCUCUUUUUUUCUCUCUCUCUUUCUCUUUUCUCUCUUUUCUCUUUUCUCUUACAUUUUCUUUCUCUCUCUCUCUCUCGUUUUUUUUUCUCUCUCUCUCUUUCCUCUCUUUUCUCUCUCUCUCUCUCUCUCUCUCUCUUUCUUUACUUUUUCUCUCUCUCUCUCUCUUUUCUUUUCUCUCUCUCUCUCUUUUUCUUUUUUCUCUCUCUCUCGUACUUUUUUCUCUCUCUCUUUCGUACUUUUUCUCUCUCUCUCUCUCUCCCUUUCGUACCUUUUUCUCUCUCUCUUUCGUACUUUUUUCUCUUUCUCUCUCGUUCUCUUUCUUACUUUUUUCUUUCUCGUUCUCUUUCGUACUUUUUUCUCUCUCUCGUUCUCUUUCGUACUUUUUCCUUCUCUUCUCUUUCUUUCUCUUUUUUCUCUCUCUUCUCUUUCGUACUUUUUCUCUCUCUUUUUCUCUUUCGUACUUUUUUCUCUCUCUCUCUUCUCUUUUUUUUUCUCUCUCUCUCGUUCUCUUUCGUUCUUUUUUUCUCUCUUUCGUUUUUUCUCUCUCUCUUUCUCUUUUUUUUUUUUUUCUCUUUCUCUUUCGUACUUUUUUUCUCUCUCUCUCUUUCUCUUUCUUUUUUCUCUCUCUCUUUCUCUUUCGUACUUUUUUUCUCUCUUUCUCUUUCGUACUUUUUUUCUCUCUCUCUUUCUCUUUCGUACUUUUUUUUCUCUCUCUUUCGUACUUUUUUUCUCUCUCUUUCGUACUUUUUUCUCUCACUUUCGUACUUUUUUUCUCUCUCUCUUUCUCUUUCGUACUUUUCUCUUUCUCUUUCGUACUUUUCUCUCUCUCUUUCGUACUUCUCUCUCUCUCUCUUUCGUACUUCUCUCUCUCUCUUUCGUACUUUUCUCUCUCUCUUUCGUACUUUUCUCUCUCUCUUUCGUACUUUUCUCUUUCGUACUUUUCUCUCUCUCUUUCGUACUUUUCUCUCUCUCUUUCGUACUUUUCUCUCUCUCUUUCGUACUUUUCUCUUUCGUACUUUUCUCUCUCUCUUUCUCUUUCGUACUUUUUUCUCUCUCUCUCUCGUACUUUUUUUUUCUCUCUCUCUCUCUCGUACUUUUUUUCUCUCUCUCUCUCUCUCUCUCUUUCGUACUAUUUUUUUUCUCUCUCUCUCUCUUCGUACUAUUUUUUCUCUCUCUCUCUCUUUCGUACUAUUUUUUCUCUCUCUCUUUCAUUACUAUUUUUCUCUCUCUCUCUCUUUCGUACUAUUUUUUCUCUCUCUCUCUCUCUUUCGUACUUUUUUCUCUCUCUCUCUUUCGUACUCAUUUUUUUUUCUCUCUCUCUCUUUCGUACUUUUUUCUCUCUCUCUUUUUGCUUUUUUCUCUCUCUCUCUCUUUACUUUUUUUCUCUCUCUCUCUUUCGUACUUUUUUUUCUCUCUCUCUCUUUCGUACUUUUUUUUCUCUCUCACUCUUUCGUACUUUUUUUUCUCUCCCACUCUUUCGUACUUUUUUUUCUCUCUCUCUUUCGUAUUUUUUUCUCUCUCUCUCUGUCGUAUUUUUUUCUCUCUCUCUUUCGUAUUCUCUCUCUCUCUCGUACAUUUUCUCUCUCUCUCUUUCGUACUUUUUUCUCUCUCUCUCUUUCGUACUUUUUUCUCUCUCUCUCUUUCGUACUUUUUUCUCUCUCUCUCUUUCGUACUUCUCUUUCGUACUUCUCUCUCUCUCUCUCUCUCUCUUUCGUACUUUCUCUCUCCCUUUCUUACUUUUUUUCUCUCUCUCCCUCGCGUUCUUUCUCUCCCUCUCUCGUUCUUUUUCUUUUUCUCGCUUUCUCAUCCUUUUUUCUCGCUUUCUCAUCCUUUUUUUCUCUCUCUCUCAUUUUCAUCCUUUUUUUCUCUCUCUCUCUCGUUUUUUUCUCUCUCUUUUUUUCUCUCUCUUUCUUUCCCUCUUCUUUAUUAUCGCUUGCCUGCUCCAUUUUUUUCUGUUUCUUUCCCCUUCUCAUUUCUUUUUCUUAUUUAUGAUUCUAUCUCAUUCUUUCUUCCUAACACUUGCUAUGGCUUUUUUUUCUCUUUUUUUUUAAUUUAUUUUUUUUAUUUUUUAUCUCCCAUUAUUUCUACGUUGUCAAUCCUCUUUAACGAAACAUUCUAUCUAUCUAUCUAUCUAUCUAUCUAUCUAUCUAUCUAUCUAUCAUGUUUUCCCUUUGCCAGCGGUAGCAGAGGGCUGAGAAUGGUUUCUGAUAUCAAACAUGUCAACCCCGUAGCAAGUCACAUGACCACGGGUGGACACGGAGGCGCCAAAAUCAAAAAUUUUGAACCAGACAGCCGAACGGAUAGGGUGGUAAACUUCUGCAAUUGUCUGCCCAGAGGUCAGAAAAGGUUGUAA